AGCCUCUGGUGGCCCGAGCAAUGAUACCGGUGCUGUGCACUCAUGUAAAGGCGCUAUCGUUGACGCGCGUGGAAGAUGCACUGUUGGCCGAUGAGUGGAUCUCUGGGUGUGUUGUGUGGGAUUAUUGGAUGAGACACAAUGCGCGUGAAAUCAUUGUAGAACCGUGGCGCUGGGAAACGCCCCCCGAUCCUAGCAAAGCUAGGACGGUAAGUGGCAAGCGGAAGAUGGAUUUUGUGAUGCCAGUUCCGCCCAUACCCAUGUGCCCACCAGAGACGCGAGUGACGGUCCAAUAUGAAGUUGGACUUGCACACAACGAGCAUGGCAAAGAGAUUCUUCACGUGAAAUCCUCCACAGUAUCACAUGAUGUUCCCUAUGGUGAUCAUUUCAGCGUGGACGAGAAGAUCGAGAUGCUGCGAGAAGGUGAUGGUGUGUUGGUGACGAAGUCCUGGUCCGCCGACUGGGUCAAACGAAGUUUUCUUAAAUCGAUGAUUGAAAGAAAUGUUAAGAAUUCGCAAGCAGACACCUGCGAGAAAUUGAUUGCAGUCUUGCAGGCGUAUGCCGAUGAAGGAUCACCCGUGGACAGUUUUGGUUCCCCCAUGUCGCGCAGCCCGGAGUCUGAUGGAAACCUGUUAGACCUCGACGGCGACGAGUUUAUGUCGGUGGAUGGGGAUGACGAGGACGCGUCCUUUGAAGACGCGGAUGGUGGAGAAGUUGAGGCCAGUACCUCGCUUCUGGAGUUCUUAGGUGACGCAUUUAGCACUUUCACCAUGAGCAGAUGGCGACCGUCUAGGGCUCAACACGGGGAACGCAUCGUUUUUGAGGUGUGGGAGUUGCAGCGGCGGACCACCAUGUUCCACGACGAUUGGCGUGCCCCAUUUCUUCCUCAUGAUGGCCAGAAGCAAGCUCGCUGGGUCGAUGACAGGUACCACAAGCAUCCCUGGGUCUUGAUGACAUCCGGGGAUGCGGCGGUCAAGGAUCGACCACCGAUUUCUGGACCCGCAGCCAUGUGCGAGCAGGAGGAAUGGCAUGUGGCCACGGAAGGACACAAGGACAAGGAGGGCUGGCAGUACGCACCGGACUUCUACAAGAAGCCCAACAAAUGGGGCGCGAAGGCGGCGAUUUGCCUGUGCCGACGGCGCUUGUGGAAAUGCACCUUUGUGCGGAUGCCGAAGGUGGUCCAGCCAAGAACCAUCGUGCUCCAAAUCUGGGAAUUGCAGCGCAGGACGACGAUUUUCCAGACCGACUGGCGCGCGCCAUUUCUGCCACACGACUUGAUGCGGCACCGCUUUCGUUGGGUGGACCUGGACUACAACGCACAUCCCUGGUUCAAUGGGCAGGGCGGCGCGCUGGGUGCCUGCGAUACACCACCGGUGACGCCGCCGCAGGGAUGGGAGGCCGAAGGCUGGGUCGUGGCCCAUCCAGCGGGACCCUGUGACUCCGGCCGUUGGCAGUACUCCUCUGACCUGAAUCGCUCCAGCAGCCGCUGGGGCUCGCAAUCGACCGGGCUAGGCUGCCGUAGGCGUCUCUGGAGCUGCAUCUUCACGGAAGGCUGUCGGAUUUUGCUUUGAGACAUUUCGUACCUC